GCGGCUCCGGGGCCGGGACACACGGCGGGCACCGGCUGCGGCUCCGGGGCCGGGACACACGGCGGGCACCGGCUGCGGCUCCCCGGGCGCUCCCUGCUGAAUCCCUUCCUGCGAGCGGCAGCUCCGCACACCGCGCCGGGCGGGGCACGGCGGGCAGCUGUCAAACGGCAGCGCUUGAGGUCAUGACACAGACCCGUCGCUGAGGGGAAACCCGACAGCUCGGGGCCUGGCUCGUGGGCGGGUUUGUCUUUCAAGUUAAGAAUUCUUUUUUUUUUGCUUAUGCCUUAACGGCGGACGGCUCAGCGCUGCGAGCGCCCGCGUGUUCUGCUUCCCCCGCAGGAGCCCGUCCGCCCGGAUGGCAGCGUGGGAUCCCCGCAGGAUGGGGGCUCCGUGCGGGCAGCGGCCCCGCUGGCUGGCGACCCUGCUGGCCGCCUGCCUGGCCACCCUCCCGGCCAGCAGCGCCUGCCCCCGGCCCUGCGCCUGCCGCGGCUCCGCCGAGCUCCACUGCACCUUCCGCUACUUCAGCGCCGUCCCCCCGCGCAUCCCGCCGGACGUGCAGCGCAUCAACCUGGGCUACAACAGCCUGAGAAAACUCAGCCCCACGGACUUCGCUGGCCUGGAGAAACUGGAGCUGCUGAUGCUGCACAGCAAUGAGAUCAGCAUGAUCCCUGAGAAGGUGUUCAGUGAUUUACGUUCACUACAGGUCUUAAAAAUGAGUUACAACAAGGUCAGAGUGCUUCAGCAGGAUGUAUUUUAUGGCCUGAACAGCUUGGUACGGCUGCAUAUGGACCACAAUCAAAUUGAAUUUGUGAAUCCCAAUGUUUUCUAUGGGCUCACUUCCUUGAGGUUGGUCCACCUGGAUGGAAAUUUACUUCAGCAGCUGCAUCCAGACACGUUUGUCACCUUGCGCUACAGUCACAUAUUCAGAAUAUCCUUCCUGAAGCACAUCUCUCUAUCUGACAAUGUGCUGACUUCACUUCCCCAAGAAAUGUUUUCCUACAUGUCAGAGCUGGAGAGCAUUUACCUCCACGGAAACCCCUGGUCCUGCGACUGCAGCCUGCAGGGGUUUGCAGGGUGGGCACAGGAGAGACCAGAUGUUAUAAAGUGCAGGAAGGAGAGAAGUUCUGGUGUCCAGCAAUGCCCAGUCUGUGCUAGUCCCAAAACUCAUCAUGGGAAAAGUUUAGUGGAUCUCCCUCCUGCAUCUUUCACCUGCACUAAGCCAGCCAUCCAUGACUCCCUGAAAUCCAGAAACCUCACGGUGCCAGAUGAUGGGGAUUUCAGUUUCGUGUCUCCCGAGGACCUGAUAGCCCCGAUAGGAUCUGUGGCUUUGAAUAUGACUGACCAAGCAGGAAAUCGAGGCAACAUGGUUUGCAAUGUCCAGAGACCUAAAGAAAUGUCUCCCAUCUCAUUUGACAAAACUGGCCCCAGCAGAGUGCUGAAAACCUCGUUCUCAGCAUUCCUGGUGUGUGGUAUCGAUGAUGGACACAUCCAGCAGCUGUGGAGCAUCCUGGCACUGUACAGCAGCUCUCCUUUGAAACUGGAGCGAACUGUGCGGACAGCUGACGAGCCCUUCAGUAGCUACAAAUAUAAGCAGAUCCUCAGUGAGAAAGACGAACUUUUCACCAGCGUUGAGGCUGAGCUGCGAGCUGAGCCAGCCUGGCUGAUGCAGAGCCAAGUGGCCCUGCAGCUGGACAGGACAGCCACCACGCUCAGCACGCUGCACGUCCGCUACGCCGCCGAGGCCCGGCUCGCCCUGCCCGGCGGUGAGGAAGAGCAGGUGAGACACCCCUGGGCCAUCAUUUCCAGGGACAACAGCACCCAAACGGAGCACACGGUGCUGGUGGGGGGCACGGUGGAGCUGGGGUGCCAGGCAGCUGGCGAGCCGGCUCCCGCCGUGGAGUGGAUAUUGGCCGACGGCAGCAAAGUGCGAGCGCCUCACGUCAGCGAGGACGGGCGAAUCGUAGUCCUCAAAAGCGGGGUGCUGACGCUGCGGACAGCCGACGUCUUUGACUCGGGGCUCUAUCACUGCAUCAGCACCAACCGCGAGGACGCUGACGCGCUCCCGUUCCGGAUCACGGUGGUGGAUCCUCAGGUGGAGCACAACGGGCUCAAUGGGGCCCGGCUGUCGGCCGCUCCCGGCAGCACACUCCACCUGCCCUGCACAUCCACGGCUGCUCCGGACGCUGCCGUCACCUGGGUGCUCCCCGAGCGCACAAUUCUCCGUCACUCUGCUGGAAACAAACAUGUUCUUGCCAAUGGCACCUUGAGAAUACAAGGGCUGACAGAGCGAGAUGUGGGCUACUUCCGAUGCGUUGCAGCCAACCGGUACGGGGUUGAUCUUUUGGUUUUCCAAGUGCUGAUGAGGCGGGAUGAGACUGCUCUGAAGAAAAAGCAUGGAGCUCCAGGAGAGUGGGAAGAACGCUCUGGUGAUGAACUGCUGCGCUCUGCUGCAGCACAGAGACACCCCUCAGGCACUCCAGCCACCCUGAGAGCUCACGGGGAAUCUGCGGCAUCAGCAGCCAGCGGCCGGGGCGCACAGAGGAACAGCCACGGGAAAACGCCUCGCUGGCCCCACGCAGACAGAGCAGGCAGGCGGUUCAGGGGACACAGGAGACAGUUUGUUUCCUCAGGCAGGAGAGCUGAUCCGCAGCGCUGGGCAGCCUUGCUGGAGAAAACUAAGAGGAACUCAACAGUGACAGACAAACGAAGAGAAGCUGCAACAGAACCACCCAUUCAAGUCCAUAAGCUCUCAGAGGUACCUGAGGAGGAGGAGGAGACAUCUGGCGAUCUCGUAUCUCCAGAAGAAGAAUUCAUGAUGCCAGCAGCAGGGAGAUCCCCAGUACCUGCUCGGGGGAGAGCAACAGAACUCACGAUCACUGCAGAGCCCGGGGAGACUGCGAAUCCCCCUCCUGCCUGGGACACCUCUCUCCUGCUCACAGAGCCACUAACUCCCCUACCCUCACCUCUUCCACACUCUGUGACACCUGCCAGCAAAAGGCUGCAAACACUUCCAAAACCUACAGACCCAUGGGAAAGAUCUGAUUUGAGUCAAAUAUCAGCAAAUGGUGUAAAACAGCCAGCUGUACCAAGUGGAACACCCACAUUCUUCCCUGCUAGGCAAAAGUCAAUAUAUUCUGGGGAAAGUAAUAAUGAGCAUCUAAAAUCUGCAUCCACAACACCCGCGACAGAAGCUACAGGCAGAGCUGUAACUCCCCAAAGCACAGCAGACAAGUUACAUAUUUUUACUGACUCUAUUGAUAAUGUCUCCACCAAAACAGAUCACCAGGUCCCUGUGGCGACAUUCAAUGCACCAAGCUCUGAAUUGGGCCCUAUUUUUCAUAGUACUCAGAAAGGAGGAACCCCUAAUCCACCACUGGCCUCAACUCUUGCUACUCAUCAGCAAAUCCAGGUUAUCCAGGAGGUUCCAACUCAUCCACCCCAGCUGCAGCAGCACUAUGGGAGACGAAGGAAAAUUUCUGGUCGGAGACGAAUUGUUAGACCAGGACGUAUCCCAGGUAUGAGAAAGCACCAAUACAAUUUUGGGAGGCCGGGGUCUGCCAGAGGAAGUACAGCUGUGGCUGCAGGUGUUCAAGUGAAUAUGAGCUAUGUAUCAAAUGUACCAAUCUUCAACAACUUGAGCAGUUCCAUCAAUCCAUUUAGCCCAGAAACACCCCAGUCUUCCCCCUCCACCAUGGAUAUGCCAUUGGAGCACCCCGUGGGUACCCAUCAAAACACAGCAUUCCUCAGGGAAGAGGAAAAGAAACAUAGUGCAAGGAAAAAAGCUGCUACCACAGCCACGUCUGUCACUGCAGAGGACACUGCCACUACUGCAACCAGUGGAGUGGGUGUGAUGGGUUUGAAGCCAACAGUUACACUUGUUAGUACUCCUCAAACCAACGCUAGCGUCACCAAAAGUAAAAUACUCAGAGUGGGAGGAAGGAGAGGUCAGAGGAGGAAGAGGCCUCCUAAAACACCUGCCCCAGAGCGUGUGGCUGCAACCCGGAGCAGUGCAGCCACCCCUGCAGCGAGCACAGCCACCCCUGCAGUGACAGCUCUGACAUCCCCGGCUGUGCCUCCAAGCCCUGCCCCUGCAAAGCCUCUCCCUGGGAGCAUCGGCGCAGUCCCCAGGACCGAAACAGCAGCGCUGGGGGUCCCUGACAGCCCCCAGGCACCCCAGCACAGGCCCACAGCAGCCACACAGACAGCAGCAACCCCGGGCACCCGGGGGAACACGCAGUCAGCCACGCCACUGCCUGGCACUGUGACUGCUCAGAGCCCCCCCAUGGCUCUGCAGACCACACCAGACCCACAGAGGAACACCCAGCUGCCCACAUCACCAGCUGCUGGUCCUGCCCAGACUCCCACCAUGGGUCCCCACGCCUCACCACGGCUGGACGAGCCCCCUGGUGCCACGAGUGCCCGCCCUGCUGCAGCCAGCGCCACGCCAGGGCCAGCAGCUGCCCAGCCCAGCAGAGCCACCGCUGCGGCACGGGGAGAGCCGUGCCUGAGAACGGGGCAGGGGGCUGCCCAGGAGAAGCGGGCAGUGCCGCAGGGAGAGCCUGGCACCGCAGCCCCGGCAGGAGCCGUGCCCGGCGCCCCGGCUGCAGCCAGCGCCCAGCACCGCGCCCCUGUGCCCGCAGCCCCCCCGAGAGCCCCCGAGCCCCCACGGGGCCACGGCCACGGGGCUGUGGGGAGCGGGGACACGCUGCGGGCACCGCAGAUCGCACCUGCGUGGGGAGGGGACAAGGACAGCGCUGCCAGUGCCUGGCCUGAAAGGCGACAAAAUCGAGGCACCACCACCCUCCCCAGUCCCAUCACCUCAGGUUCUGUGAGCAGAAACCAUUUUUCAAAGCCCACAAUAGUCGGAGGGAAGUUGGCUGCUUUCACUCUGCUGGAGAAUUCUGAUGCGUUUAUUCCUUGUGAAGCUACUGGGAACCCCCCUCCAACAAUACAGUGGACCAAGAUACCUUCAGGGCGCGAUGCGGGCGGCGGCGGGGCCGGCCGCCGGGCCGUGCUGCCCAACGGGACGCUGGCGAUCCGCGGGGCGGGCCCGCAGGACGGCGGGCAGUACCUGUGCACGGCGGCCAACGCGCGGGGCGAGGCGCGGCUGCUGGUGACUCUGGCCGUGCGGGCGCGGCCGCCCCGCAUCGCCGGCGCCCCGCACCGCCUGCUGACCGCGCACUCCGGGAACGCCGUGGCGCUGCCCUGCCGGGCCCGGGGCAGCCCCCCGCCCCGCAUCUCCUGGCUGCUGGCCAACGGCACCGAGCUGCGGGACUCCUCCGCGGGCGGCGGCAGAGCGCUGGUGCAGCCGGACGGGACGCUGCUCAUCCGGGCGGUCACCGUGUACGACCGGGGCCUCUACACGUGCCGGGCCAGCAGCCCCGCGGGCAGCGCCGCGCUGGCGGUGCGGCUGCAGGUGGUGGCGGCGCCGCCCCGCAUCCUGGAGCAGGGCCGGCAGAGCGUGGCGGCCGCGGCGGGGCAGAGCCUGAGCCUGCCCUGCACGGCCCUGGGGCAGCCGCAGCCCGGCGUGCACUGGGUGCUGCCCGCGGGCACGGUGCUGCGGCCGCUGCAGCCGCUGCAGCCGCUGCAGCCGCUGCACGCCCGGCUGCUGCUGCUGCCCAACGGAACGCUGCACCUGAGCCGCGCCGCCCCCUCCGACAGCGGCACCUACGAGUGCAUCGCCACCAGCUCCACGGGCUCGGACAGGAGGGUGGUCAGCCUCGUGGUGCAGCGCACAGAGACGCCUCCGAAAAUCGCCGUCGCCUCUCGGGAGCUGACUCGGCUGGACUUCGGCGAGAGGCUGCUUCUGAACUGUACGGCAGGUGGGGAGCCCGCGCCCAGGAUAAUCUGGAGGCUGCCCUCCAAGGCUGUUGUGGACCAGUGGCACAGAAUGGGAAGUCGGAUCCAUGUCUACCCCAAUGGAUCCUUGGCUAUUGAAGCAGUUACAGAAAAGGAUGCAGGUGAUUAUCUGUGCGUCGCAAGAAACAGAAUUGGGGAGGAUCUGAUACUGAUGAAAGUCAGCAUCACAAUGAAACCAGCCAAGAUCGACCACAAACAGCAGUUCAAGAAACUGGUGCCGUAUGGGAAGGAUUUCAGAGUGGACUGCAAGGCCUCAGGGUCGCCCACGCCCGAAAUAUCCUGGGGCCUGCCAGACGGGACAGUGGUGAACAACGCGAUGCUGGCGGAUGACAGCGGGCACGGGGCUCGCAGGUACGUCCUCUUUGGCAAUGGGACUCUGUACCUCAACAAAGCUGGAGUGGCAGAAGGAGGAGACUACACGUGCUACGCCCAAAACACGCUGGGGAGGGAUGAGAUGAAGAUCCACGUCACAGUCAUUGUGGCAGCCCCUCAAAUAAAGCACAAUUACAAGACACACAUUACAGUGGCAGCUGGAGACGCAGCCCUGCUGGACUGUGAGGCUGCUGGAGAACCCAGGGCACAGAUAUUCUGGUUGCUGCCCUCCAGUGAGAUGAUCUCCUCGUCCACAGACAGGCACUCCCUGCACACCAACGGCUCGCUCUCCAUCGGCCAGGCCAGCCUGCUGGAUGCUGGGGAGUACCUGUGUGUGGCCCGGAACCCUGGCGGGGAUGACACCAAGCUGUAUAAGCUGGAUGUGGCUGCUAAACCCCCCAUCAUAAAUGGUUUAUACAGGAACAAAACGAUCAUGAAGGUGACGGCAGUGAGGCACUCCAAGAAGCACAUUGACUGCCGGGCAGAAGGGACACCUCCUCCUCAGAUUAUGUGGAUCAUGCCUGAUAACAUCUUCCUAACAGCCCCAUAUUACGGGAGCAGGAUUGUGGUGUACAAAAAUGGGACACUUGAGAUUCGGAACAUCAGGCCCUCAGACACGGCAGAUUUUAUCUGUGUAGCACGUAACGAUGCGGGAGAGACUGUGCUGGUGGUGCAGCUGGAAGUCACAGAAAUGCUACGGAGACCAAUGUUCAAAAACCCUUUCAAUGAAAAAAUAAUAGUAAAACCUGGGAAAACUACCACACUGAACUGCUCUGUGGAUGGAAACCCUCCCCCGGACAUAAGCUGGAUGCUGCCCAACGGCACAUGGUUUUCCAGCAGCAUCAGCACAUCCCAGUUUUUCACAGGAAGCGAUGGGACCCUGACCAUCUACAGUCCCCAGAGACAGCACGCCGGGCGCUACCGCUGCGCUGCCCGCAACCAGGUGGGCUACAUAGAGAAGCUGAUGGUCCUGGAGCUUGCCCAGAAGCCCAGUAUCCUCAGCCGCCCUGCAGGGCCGGUGACGGGAGUCAGCGGGGAGCCUCUGUCGCUUCACUGCCUGGCCGAGGGCAGCCCCAAGCCCAGGCUGGCGUGGGCGCUGCCGGGGGGCCGCGUGCUGGACCGGCCGCAGGUCAGUGGGAGGCACCUGCUGCUGGAGAACGGCACCUUGGUCAUCCGGGCAGCCUCGGCCCACGACGCCGGGAAUUACGUGUGCAGGGCCCACAACGAUGCCGGGGACUCCUCCCUCACCGUUCCUGUCACGGUCACAGCCUACGCCCCACGGAUCGUGGGCAGGCCCCCCCCAGCCAUCCACACCGUGCCAGGGGCAGCGGUGCAGCUCCACUGCGUCGUGCUGGGCAUCCCAAAACCAGAAAUUACCUGGGAGCUGCCUGACCGCUCCGUACUCUCGACAGCUCAGCAGGGCCGGGGCUCUGGGGGCGAGCUGCUCCACCCCACGGGGACUCUGCUCCUGCAGAACCCCCGACCCUCCAGUUCUGGCACGUAUAAGUGCACAGCGAGGAACCCCCUCGGCACUGACACCGCGGUCACCUACGUGCACAUCAUCUGAGCCAGCAACGAAGCAGGAAUGCAGGGAAUGCAGGCUGCAGCCCGGCCGGGCUCACCCUGGCCAUGCCUUUAACCAAAGGCAGCCACAAGCGAGUGCCUGGACACAUCCACAGCAUCCAGUCUGCAGUCACUGGGCAAAAGGAGAGAGGAAAGGCAAAAUCAGCUCUAGCAUUAUUUGCUGCCAUUUGUCCUCUCCAUGAACAGGGGAUUUAAAUGAAAGCAAAAUUAAGGUACUUCUACUCAGCAAAGUAAUAACAAACAGUGACUAUCAGACGUGGUAACUUUCUGGAAGCAUCCCAGAGAGCUCUUGCACGGACACAGUUUUGCAUCAGUUCAAUGCUGCCCACCUUGCAUGACUGUCAUAAGCACAGAUCAGAGAGGGCAAGGACACCUGGGAACUGAGGAGCAGGUUUAUUGGGAUGCAGAUCGCCUUCUUAAUGUGUUUUAAUAUUUAGUCUGUUUUUAAAAUAAAUAUUCCAUGAUGUAACAAGUAAUGAAGCACUUUUAAUAGCACAGCUGUGGUUGCCACGGUCUUUUCUGCAGAGCUGUGAGAUGGCACAGAACAGCUCAGUUUGGAACAAGAGAGGAAGCUCUGCUCAGCACUGCUAGGCCAAUGCAUGCAGGCUAGGUGUAGAAUCACUCCAACUUGGCAUAGCUUUCUUAUUAUCACAAAAGCAUUUUUUAAAGAUUUCUCAAUAGAAUAAAAAUCACAACAAUUUGAAUAUCUGGCCUCAACUGAGCAGCCAGGUAAGUUUAAGAAGCAAAUGGAGUUAGCACAAAACAGGAAAAAAGUAUUACCAGAGUUUUUAACAUGUUCCAACAUUUAAAGUUCCUCUUGCAAAAUGAAUGCAUUGAAAAAGAAUUGUAUAGACUGACUCCUAAAUGACACAAAAUAGUAAUAAAUUUAUUCUGCUUUUUCAACACUCAACACAAGCAAAGGGAUGAACUCUUUGUGCAGGAAUAACGACAGUUUGUUUGUGGUGAUUCUGGUCGAUUGCUUGCCUGUGGUUCUGCACUCAGCUGCCGAUGCAGUCCCUCACAGCAGCCGAGCACUCCCGGGGAAGAGAACAGACAGCAACCUCUGCUGCUUCCAGUAGGUUUAUUAACAUCACACUGUGGAUUUUAACGUAAACUUAAAGAAGUUCUAACACAAGCAAUAAACCCACUUCAGCAUUUUCUAAACACAAUAAGUGCAAGAGGAAUUAAGUGCAAAGUACCUUAAACAAAGAACCCUAUAAAGUGCAUAUGAAAAUCACAGUCAAAUAAACAUGAUUUCAAGUGAUGCUUGUUCUGCCAACGAAGAAAGAGGUGAAGAUUUUAAUGAACAAAUUAACUUUGCCAAAAUCAGAAGUGCCUUUAGUUCAGUAGUUUGGUCCAAUGCAGUUCUUGGGAAAAAGAAAUUAAAAUUUAAAAAGUGUUCCCUACAAAUAAAUAAAUUCAGUAUUUUUUGUCCUCUUUAAAAGUAACAGGACCUAAAAAGCAUCAAAUUCAUAAAAUUAGCCAUAACGUUCUUCAAAUAGGCCCAAAAAAGUCCAGCACCCACCAUCCAUCUCUGGUCUCUCAGCUUUACAGAUCUGCCUCCUAAAUCCCCAACUGUUUUUCUCAUUAGACCCAGUGAAAAUGCAUGUGCUUCUAAUGCUUUUAAUUAAGUGUUUCUUUGGAAAUCUGGUGUGUUGAAUAAAACUGGAGUAAUCCUGUACCCUAAUAACUCUGUGGGCGCUACAGAAACCGCCCGAGCUUUCCUCAGCAAAACCUGGUGCUUACUGAAGGCAGUUUCAGUGUUUUACAAGACUUCAGCAUCUUUUCCCUUUCUGAAACCAAAUCCUUCACUUAAAACAUGUUGUGUAAUCUCCUGGCUAUCAGUAACUGCUGAGGUUAGUCAAAGGCACUAACCGGUACAGGGAGGUUUUUCUGGGGCCAUAAACACAGCCCACAGCACCUUCUGCUGUGCAGGUGCUGGCAGAGGAGUCUGCACCAGGCAGGUGCCCAUUGCAGCAACACUCUCCCGUCAGUUUGUUCAAGACAGAAGAGCUAUUUUAAAAAUCCCUCAAAAAAUGGAUGAAAAUUAUAUAAGAUUAAUACUUUUUAACUCAAAAGCUGCAAUUUCAGCAUGACUAUUUUCUCUACUUUUCUAUAGCAAACUUUUCCUAGUUAUCCUCACCACUUGUAAAUGGGAAAGAAAAAAAGCCCAAAGACCGUGGGCUGCUGUAUGUUCUGUGUCAUAUAAAGCAUCUCACUACUGCUGCUGCACAAAAGUUGUGUGUCACAUCAGAAACAUGACCUGAAUAUCUUAAA